AUGGUGCGCCACAACAACGUGGUGCCCAACCAGCACUUCAGGAAGAAAUGGCAGACCAACGUGCGGACCUGGUUCAACCAGCCCGCCCGCAAGCUGCGCCGGAGGCAGGCCCGUGCUGAGAAGGCCAAGACCGUCUUCCCCCGCCCCACCGCCGGUCCCCUGCGCCCCAUCGUGCACUCCCAGACCGUGAAAUACAACCGCAAGAAGCGCACCGGCCGUGGCUUCACCCUCGAGGAGCUGAAGGAGGCCGGCAUCUCCGCCAAGCUCGCCCCCACCGUGGGCAUCGCCGUGGACCACCGCCGCCGCAAUCGGUCCCUGGAGGGCCUGCAGGAGAACGUGGCGAGGCUGAAGGCGUACAAGGCCAACCUGGUGCUGUUCCCGCGCCGCGCCGGCAAGCCCCGCGCGGGCGAGGCCUCCGCCGAGGAGCUGGCCGCCGUGGCCCAGCUGACGGGACCCGUGCUGCCCCUGACACACACCAAGCCCAAGCUGGAGCUGGUCAAGCUGACCGCCGAGCAGAAGGCCGCCACCGCCUACGCCACGCUGCGCCUGGAGCGCAUGAACGUGCGCAUGGCCGGCGUGCGCGCCAAGCGCGCCGCGGAGGCCGCCGCCGCGGAGAAGGAUGCCUGA